GGAAGAAGAGUCGGUGUCGGCGUUCGUUAAACGCAUCUUUAACAGACCGUUGAUGAGACUACACGCUACAUUCCCUAUACGGCCAUGUUUCUCUUACUUCUGGUCACUGCCAAGGUCCCAUAAGAUGCGCAGUAGCGUAUGGAGCAGCAACAGCCGGUUAGCUAGUGAAGCACGUCACGCGUUGCUACUUGGUUGGGACGAUUGGCUGUAUCGCCUGUCUUGCGUCUACCAGCCGCAUUGUCAGAGAUGGGACGACGAGACAAAGAACGUGACUUGUAAGCCAACUUACCGUUGCCGCUGCACCGACUCGUCUCGACUCUCCAUGAUUAAAAUAACCAUAGAGAUGAAAAGAAUUGAACUUUGAUCGGUGGAUGACCAGUAACCAGACGGAAAACCAUUUGGAUUCCCAGUCAACCAGCAAAUAACGACGAGUACACGAAGCACCGUUACAGAGAUUGCAUCACGCAACGAGAUUAUUGGUCACCGUAAUUCAAUUAUAUUGUUUCAAAUACAUUAAUUGCCAAGAAAAAAUCCCACUAU